GAUCGGGAUCGGUAUUCUUCAAGGAAAAUGGCUGCGCCCAUUCGAAAUAAUUUUCGUCCUGACAAUCCUCAAAAUCUUGGUCAAAACAUGCGUUUGAAUGCAUCUUAUCAUGCUUCAACGGAAAGGAACCAACAAACAAAUGAUAAUUUUAACUCUAAUUUCAUGCCAAGGCUUCAAUUCGAAAGACCACGAAAUAUGUUUGAAGGACCUCGCUGGCAGGGAAACAGUGUAGUGCAAAAUAAUUUCCAAAGACCACCACCAAGUAUUAGACAAGGAUUUUAUCACCCACCAGCAUUGUCCAACAGUAUCCCUGGACCUGGACCACUAGACUCUCCACAUAAUACUAGGAUUCAGGGAAACACAUCCGAAAUGCCAAUGAUAUAUGGAGAUAUGACAGGGAAUCUACCUAACCAGGGCAAUAGCAAUGUUAACUUUCAACACAUCAAUCCAUAUCACGAGAAUAUUCAACAAUUCCAAAGACCCCCUAUGCAACUAACACAGCCGAUGUCAUUUCAACAACAGAACAUGCCACCACCCAAUCCCAUGCAGUUUACAGCACCACCCCCUCUUCCUCUUCAAUCAGUGCCGCCACCAAGCUUUACACCCAAUACUGUGCCAAAGUUUGAACCAGAGAAAGUCAUCGAUGAUUCCACUGAAGCAAAACAGAGACUGGAAGUCUGGCUGAAGAAAAGGGAAAAAGGAAAAAUUGACCCAAAUGUGCAUGUUUCAUCCUUUAAAAGUGUUUCAAUUAACUCCACUCAAGCCAAGCUGAGAAGAAUGAUGUUAUUAAUGGCACAACUUCAACAGGAGACCUCUACUUUAUCAGAUGAGGGGAGAUCAGCCCCAGACAAUGUGUGGGACAACCAGAGACAGAAAGUUCUGAUCCUAAAGACAGAGCUUGAGAAAAUACAAGAAGAGAUGAGUGAUGAAACCACAAUUAAUCAAGUCAAGCAAAAAGUCCUACAGCAGAAAAAGAAAAGGGAGAGACUCAAACGAAGAAGGCAAGAAUUAUGGGAAGAAGAGAAGAGGGAAGAAGAAAGGAGAAAUAAUUUACACGCUGAGAUUGACGCAUGGCAGGAGAAAUUAAGGAAGAAAGCUAACGAGGAAAGAGAGGCCAAAGAACUGAAGAAGGCAGCAGAUGCCAUUCUAAAUGAAGUCAGGAAGAAGAUAAGUGAUGUGACCAAAACCAUGGACUUAUUGAAGGGAAUCCAAAAACUGAGGAAACUCCGCAGUGAUAGACUCAAACAGCAAGGUGUUCAUGCAAACCCUGCAAGUGAUGAAAAAUUUAAAGACGUUAUGGAUGAACAAUUCAUAACCAUGAAAAAACAGAAGGAAAUUUACCUAGCAGAGGAGAGGGCGCUGCAGGUCAUGUUAGAAACUGAACAUGAAGAGACGAAGGAGAAAGCGCGAGAACAGCGAGAGAAAAUUAAGAAACUCCGAGAAGAAAGGGAACAUAAAAAAAUACAGGAAAUCAUGUUUGGGAAAUCAGAGAACAUCUCUGACAGUGAAGCCAUGUUUCCGUUUUACCAGUUUUAUGAUCAGGCUAAUUACAGCUACGAGUCUUUCAUCCAAAUCAGACAAGACUGGGACAGGUUUAUUGUACCGGAGAACACACCAGGGGGAAGUCGGAUCCCCACCCACUUUGUGGCUCCUACAGAUCCUUCAUCAGAAAAAUGGGCCAGUGUUGUAAAGGACACAUGAUAUCCUGUUUAAGUCUUAAUGUUAAGGCCAACUUCUUAUAAGACACUUGAAAAUAUUAAAUUUAUACAUUGAAACUAUCCCUGUUGUAAAGUAUUUCAUAAUGAGUUAAAAACAUUCACAAGGAUGAGCAAAAGGG